AUGAUCUUCCCCUUCACUUUCUUGACCUUUGCUGUAUUGGUCAUCUGGAGCUUUUAUGCGACCAGCAGCCUGCGGAAGGAAAGCCGUGUUAAUGAUGUUUGGAGGCCUGUUGGAGAAGAUAAGAUCAAAUCGUUCGUGGAGUACCGGCAGUUGUACAGUGAGUGCUCCAUGCUCUUCUUCGGCGACAACGGCCAAGGGGACCUCAUGUGUGCGGAGCGGCUGACCGGGAUGAACGUCGGUGGCGAGGGCACCGGCGUGGGCGGCAUGGUCUCCGCUGCUUUCAUCCACCAGGUGGCAGAUCCUGCUGAGCAGCUUAGUGAGUUGGAGAAGUUCGAGGAUCAUGCUCGGGCGAAGGAGGAGUAUGCCUCCAGAGGCAUCUACCUCUACCGCACUUACGUCGGAGCUGCCAUCCAUGUCUACAACUUGGGCUUCAUUUCUCAGGAGGGCCUCUUCCGUGUGUGCACCGAGGCGGUGCAGGACAUGGUGAGGCUUCGCAUCCGCUACUUAGGCCGCGCCGAACGACGGCCCUGGAAAGAAGUGGUCAAUGAGAUGAACGAAGAUGUAGACCGCGCCAACGAACUCUUGCGUGAUAGCGGCUUUCAGGUGGGAAAGGUGCCGAACUCUGCGGGUGUGAGUCUCGAGCCGGUGAAGCCCAAGAAAGAGCCGGCCCUGCCGAAGUCGCCGGAGCCGUUGGAGAAGAUUGAGACCUCCAUGGAGGAGGGGCGCGAAGAACGCCCCGAACUUCCCCGUGAGGAACACUCAGAAGAGUCGAAAUCAGACGAUGGACACGAAUCCUCCAAGUCGGAGGGAGAAAAGCAGGACGAGGAGCUACAACUCAAAAGCCAGAGUCGUAGGUUGCGGCAGUGCUUCAUGCGGCGGAAGAACAGCGCCGAGCGGACCACGAGGCUGAGCCAUUGCCCGAGUCUUGGAGAGUUCUCUUUCGCCACGGUACCUCCCAUUGGAAGAUGCUGAGAGCGCUUUUCAAGUUAGCCAUAGAGCAAGAAUCCAAGAAUCCCUCCAGCGGGACGAGCGAAGCGCUUUCACACCAACGAUGAUUGGAAUGCGAUUUCACGCCACACCCCUGCGGCGGGGACUCUGUCCAUAUAGUACUAGACAGCCACUCUGAGUGGCUCCUGCAAAAUCCUGCAGGUGAUCAGAGCAACUCGAGUCAACCUUACUUUGGUCUAUAGAUUUCCCGGUUAAGGCUG